AUGAGUGAAUAAUUGACUCAGAAUAGCAAUUACCCAUUUUAUGACUAUUGUUUUGGAGGGACACAACAAAACUUUUUGAAGUGUACUAAUUGUAUUAUCUUGGGUGUUAUUUAUCUUAUAUUGCUUUUUAUUUUGAUUUUAUAACUAGAGAGAAGGUAUCAAACAGGAACUAAGAAAUUAUCAAAAAAGUGCAUCAUUUUGUACAUGAUUAUGACAAACUUUUUAAGUAAUCAUGAUAACCAAUUCAAGUAUUAUUUGUAGAAUCGUUCAUCAUAAGCAACAAAUACAUGACAUAAUUAGAACCUUACUUCAGAACUAUGGUGUUCAUCUUUUUUUACUAUUAUAUUAGUCUAAAAUUAAGUAAACUAUCAACCAACAGAAAAAGAGCAUAGAAAUAAUUCCGAAGCAUUGCUUUGUUCUUAUUUGUCAUAGUCCUAAUUGGUUUAAUAUUUGUACUUAUAGAAUUAAUAAAGGAAGAUGAGGUUUUUUAUGAAUGUUAAUGUAAAAUAUAUAACUAAUCUAAGUUAAAUAUAGUAAGAUUUCAAGAAUAGCAGGAGGAUGUGUCACAGCAAUAUUAGUUAUCUUUAGUAUGAAGUUAUAAAAUAAGAUGGAUGAUAAAGUUUAACCACUUUACAAAGAUCUUCCACAUUUAUAAAUGAAGACAUUUUAAAAUAAUGAAACUUAAAGAGAAGACUUAAGAAUACUUAUUGUUAUGUAUAUUGCUUCCUAAUUUUUAACAAUAUUCUAAAUGAUUUACUUUUUUGUAAAAGAAUAAAUCAAUGCUGAUUUACAAUUUCCAAAUUGUACUCCUUGUUAAAUGAUUCCUUGUCUCAAAAUGUCAGUCAAUAAUACAAUUGCAUUUGAACUCUUCUUAAGAUUAUCUUUUUUAACAAUUAUAAUCGUUUUACCAUAUCUGGCUUUAAUAUCCUUUUUCUGGGUCAAUUCAAAUUAAUUGCAUAAUGAUUAUGUAUUUAAUUCAUAUAAUAACAAAAUAGCAUAGAACUAUCUCAAAUGAAGAAGAUAUUUGGAUUAAUUUCUUUAAGAAAAUGGGAUAUGAAAAAUCCAAAAUGUGUCUAUCAGAUAUAACAGAAUAAUAAGAAAAAUCUUCAUCAUUGGAUGUUUCUAAAUGA